AUGAGUGACCUCUCAAUUGAGCGGACGACGCGUCUCCAUGAACUUGAUCUGCAAUAUCAGAAAAGCCUCCACGAAACCGACCUCAUAAACCGAGACGAAGAAUCUCGCCGAUUACAGCUACGAGUAUUCCUGCUUCAGGAUGAAAAUACCCAGCUGCAGGACAGAUGCGCCGCCAAGGAUGACGAAAUAAAAACUCUGUCAAGGAGGAACGAUAAACUACGCGUCAAGCUUGACGAGGCCAAAUCGCAGAAUACAUCCGAAGAUGAGCAGAUGAAGGAGAAUCCAAUUGAGGCCAGGCCAAAGACGAGGACAGAACCGAUUGCGGCGACUGCAGAUAGCUCGAUAGAAGAGAAUGCUGCACUUGCAAAGGAGCUCCAAGACUUGCGAUCAGAAGUUAAGCUUUUGCGGCUACGGGCGGCGGACGACGAGAAAUCGGAAUCGAAAUCGCAUCAGCAAGAGUACUUGGCACAAGAGCCUGCGAGUAAAUCACAGUCAAACUCAAACAACUCAAACGAUACAAACGAAGAAGUGAUUAGACUGCAAUCGAUGCUAGACAAAUCAACCGAACGAAUAACGGAGGAAGAACGGCAUCGCGAAAGGAUGAAAUUGAACCAUCAGAAGCAACUUUACGAAUCCGAGCGCCAAAACAAUAAGCUGGAGGGAAAAGUAUUGGCACUGGAGAAGAAACUGAAAGACGCACAAACAGAGCUGCGAGAGUUCCGGCAGGCGUCACAUUCUGGCUUGAAAGAUAGACCAGGCGAUGGUCUUGAUUCUACCCAAGAUGCCGCGACGAAAUCCCAUGAUAGAGAUCAAUCUCCGCCUGCUGAAAAAGAUAAGGUGCCCCGCAAGAGAGUGGCCAGGAAGCGUACGACAGAGCAAGCGAAGAUUGGAGAAAAAUCAACAUUUUCAAUCACACCACUACUCAAUAAAAUAAAGGGUACUGGUGGAACUACUGGGCGCCCUAGCUUAACAUUUGACGACAUACUUUUACAAGAGGGCGACGAUCCAUCACCACUCCGAGCAGCAAAGAAACCUGAGGCUCGAUCUACAGCAGCAGCACCGGCUACGGGACUGGUAGCUUCUACACCUUUAAGACCUCGGGAAAAAUUGGGUUCCAAAUCUUCUGAAACGCAAUCCCAGCCGAAAGCAACAGAAGUAACAUCAGGCAAAGUGCCCGCACCCAAGUCCAGCGCUCCCAGUCAGGGCACGGAAGACGAGAAGCCCGAAGAUGCAAAGGGCGAAGGAGUAUCGAAAGCAGCCGACUCAAAAGAAACAGCUCUUCACAAAAGAAUUAAGCUUCACGAGUCUACUACUACUACUACUACUGAUCGUGGUGUUGAUUUGGAGCAAAAGAAGAGGAGGAGAAAGCUGAUAAACAAGGCUAAUACCAUAAUAGAAGAAGAUGAAACUGGUGAGGCAGCCCAGCCCACAGAGGCCCAACCUGGCCGGGCCAGGAAACUAAAGUCAGCCGUGGGAAGUGCCUUCAGCUCGGGAACCGCCUCGAAACCAUUUUCGCCUCUUAAGCGGCAUAAGCGAGGGAUGAACGCAAGCUUUUUGGUUUGA